UCGCCAUGGAGUCCGACUCGGAGUUAGAGAAGCGCAAGAUCAAGCAACGAAUCAUGAAGCCGGAGCAGAUGGACGAAGAGAUGUUAUCUGACAUCGAGAGCCAGUCCGAAGACGGCAGCCUUUACGAUGAACUACCGACAUCUGAUUCCGACGACAUGGACGAAUGGUUCACCCUUGACAUCCGCGCAGAGCGGGCGGGAGACUACCUGCCUUUAUUAGGUUCUAGAGCCCACGAGCUGCUCUCCGGCGAGAAGAAACGCGUCGGCUCCCGGCUCCACUCGCUCCGCCAGAGCCUCGCGUCCCUCAGCGCCGGCGGCCGCGCGCACGCCUCGCGCCUGCGGGCCGCCUCGCGCGCGCUCGCCGAGCUCGACGACGUGCUGCGCGCGCACUGAGACGCGAGCUAGGCUAGGAGAGCUAGGCUAGUGUCUGGAGGGAGCGCGGGCUAGGCUAGUGUCUUAAGGAAGUCAGGCUAGUGUUUGAAGAGAGCGAACACUAGGCUGGUGUCUAAAGGGAGCGCCAGCUAGGCUAGUGCCUUCAGCGAGCUAGACUAGUGUCUUAAGGGAGCUAGGCUAGUGUCUUAAGGGAGCUAGGCUAGUGUCUUAAGGGAGCUAGGCUAGUGUCUUAAGGGAGCUAAGCUAGUGUCUAAAGGGAGCGCGGGCUAGGCUAGUGUCUUAAAGGAACGCCAGCUAGCCUAGUGUCUUAAGGGAGCCCCAGCUAGGCUUGUGUCUCAUGCGUCGGCUCCCGGCUCCGCUCGCUCCGCCAGAGCCUCGCGUCUCUCAGCGCCGGCGGCCGCGCGCACGCCUCGCGCCUGCGGGCCGCCUCGCGCGCGCUCGCCGAGCUCGACGACGUGCUGCGCGCGCACUAGGAGCGCGAGCCAGGCUAGUGUCUACAGCGAGUAAGGCUAGUAUCUAAAGGGAGCUAGGCUUGUGUCUUAAGGGAGCGCAGGCUAGUGUCUUAAGGAAGCUAGGCUAGUGUCUUAAGGAAGCUAGGCUAGUGUCUUAAGAGAGCGCCAGCUAGGCUAGUGUCUUAAGGGAACGCGAGCUAAUGUCUUAAGGAAGGUAGGCUAGUGUCUUACUUAAGCGAGCGCGGGCUAGUGUUUAAAGGGAGCGUUAGCUAGGCUAGUGUCUUAGGACUCCUAACUUUAAGAGAGCGUGAGCCAGACUAAUGUCUACAGCGAGGAAGGCUAGUGUCUUAACGAGCGCGAGCUAGCCUAGUGUCUUAAUGGAGCGCCAGCUAGGCUAGUGUCUCACACGUCGGCUUCCGGCUCCGCUCGCUGCGCCAGAGCCUCGCGUCUCUCAGCGCCGGCGGCCGCGCGCACGCCUCGUGCCUGCGGGCCGCCACGCGCGCGCUCGCCGAGCUCGACGACGUACUGCGCGCGCACUGACCGAGCUGGCUGUGGUAGGAGCGCGCAGCGAGCUAAGCUAGUGUCUACAGCGAGCCAGGCUAGUGUGUUAAGGGAGCUAGGCUAGUGUCUUAAGGGAGUUAGGCUAAUGUCUUAAGUCAGCUGACCGCCUGAACGCCGCCUCGCGCUCGCUCGCCGAGCUUGACGACGUGCUGCGCGCGCACUGAGCGGGCUAGCGGGGUUGGCUAGGAGCGCGAACUUGGCUAGUGUCUUAAGGGAACGCGAGCUAGGCAGCCUAGUGUCUUGUGGGAGCCAGGCUAGUCUACAGCGAGCUAGGCUAGUGUCUUAACGGAGCGCCAGCUAGGCCAGUGUCUUAAGGGAGCGCGGGCUAGGCUUUUGUCUUAUGUGUUAUGUCAGCUGACCGCCUGCGCGCUGCCUCGCGCGCGCUCGCCCAGCUCGACGCGCACUGACCGAGCUGGCUAUGGUAGGAGCGCGCAGCGAGCUAAGCUAGUGUCUAAAGGGAGUUGGCUUCUGUCUUAAGGGAGUGCCAGCUAGCCUAGUGUCUUAAGGGAGCGCGGCUAGUGUCUACAGCGAGCUAGGCUAGUGUCAAAAAAAAAUCAAUCAAAAUCAAAAAUAUUUAUUCAGUUUAGACCACAAGUGGCACUUACCGCCACCGACCGCCUGCGCGUGUGUAUAGCCAGGCAGGCUAGUGUCUAAAGGGAGCGCGGGCUAGGCUAGUGUCUUUAGCGAGGUAGUCUAGUGUCUUAGGUGAGCUAGGCUAGUGCCUUGAGCAAGCUCAUCGCACUACCAGCUCGGCUAGGAGCGCACUGCCUGCUAGGCUAGGAGCGCACUGCCUGCUAGGCUAGGAACGCACUGCCUGCUAGGCUAGGAGCGCACUGCCUGCUAGGCUAGGAGCGCACUUAAAGCUAGGCUAGGAGCGCACUGCCCGCUAGGCUAGGGGCGCGUUGUAAAACUAAGCUAGAAGCGCACCUUGAGCUAGGCUAGGAGCGCAACCCAAGCUAGACUUGGCUGGUGGACGCACUGCGAGCUAGACUAAUGUCUCAUAAACUCAUGCGAGCACUAGCCUAGGUUUCGAAAAAACGCACGUCGGCUAAUAAAACACACAGUGUACAUGGGCCCUUAUAGUCAAAUGAAUAAAAUAUAAUCAUAAGCACUCCACUGUCUCUUGAUUUUAAACAUUGAAGACUGCUAAUUAAAUCGUUUUUCAAUUGUAACAUUGUGAACUAAUGUACAAAAAUUAGCCUUUAUCAAUACUAAUAUCAAGUCACUUUAAACUAAAAUAAAUUUCUUCGAUUGAU